AUGUUACGUUUUAGGGUUAGGGUUCCACCAGUGACUCUUUCACAAUCACGGUUUUCAUUUUAUUUUACACGCCGUUUACAAUCGAGUUCUGCUACGGCUGGGGCGACGACUGUUGGUGAAGAAAAGAUAUGGCGAGCUCCAGCAACAAAUCGAUCUGUAGCCCAUUGGCUUUAUUUAUCAGCAGCAUUGGUGGGAGGAGUUGUUAUCAUUGGAGGUAUUACACGACUUACGGAGAGUGGGCUUAGUAUUGUUGACUGGAAACCAGUAACGGGUGUUCGACCUCCUUUAACGCAGAAGGAGUGGGAAGAUGAGUUUGCCAAGUACCAAAAUUUUCCAGAAUUCAAACAAAGAGAUAAAAUGACACUAGAAGAAUUUAAAUUUAUCUUUUUUUGGGAAUGGGCUCACAGGCUUUUGGCACGCAGUUUGGGUAUUGUAUAUGGACUUCCAAUGGCGUAUUUCUUUUACAAGGGUAGAUUUACUGGACAGAAGGCACUUGGAGCGGCUAUUCUCGGUAUACUUGGCUUGGGUGGAGCUCAAGGGGCAAUGGGUUGGUACAUGGUGAGGAGUGGACUAGACCCACGUUUACUAGAUGAAAGGCGAAAGGCAACCGUCUCUGCAUACCGACUGGCUUCUCAUUUGGUAUUGGCAUUUACCAUUUAUGCUUGUAUGAUGCAUAUUGGUUUCCGAUUAAAAAAUCCAUGUAUGGGUGAUUUUAAUGGAAAAAUCACUAUUCAGUCGUUUGCACGCACCUCCUUCGCUCUUGUCUUCUGCGCUGUUGUUUCAGGAGCCUUCGUGGCUGGAUUAGAUGCGGGUGUGAUGUAUAAUGAUGAAUUCCCAUGGAUGGGCGGCGGUGUCGUCCCACCAAGUGAUCAUCUCUGGACUGUGCAGCCGUGGUGGCGCAACGCUCUUGAGAAUCCCGCCGCCGCGCAGACGUGGCAUCGACUGAUGGCCGGCGUAAGUACACUCUCAGUGCUUGGACUCAACGCGGCAUGUAUGCGGUAUAACGCAACACUUCCAAAGAUGCUCCGUCGUAGUAUGAUCGCUGUUAACGGCGCCUUGGCGCUUCAGGUGGGAUUAGGCAUGUGGACAGUUAUCUCCUGUGUGGAUAUUCCUGUUGCCGUGAGUCACCAGUUGGGUUCACUUGUGCUACUGACAACUCUCAUUCGUGUUUGCGCAAUCAUUAGUUCCCGUGGUAUGAUCUUACCGUAA